AUGUCGAUGGGAGAGAGUUUGGCGCUUCAAAUAGCCGUGCUCCGGAAAUGCCUCAACAUUGUGGACUGCGAAGUCUGCACUCAUUCCUCGGCAAUUUCCAUGCUACUUAUCACGAUGUGCGGUCACCUGCUUCAUAUAUCUCAAGCUAUGUCGUCGCAAUUGUGGAAAUGGUUCAUGCGCGGGUCGCGAUUGCAUCCACAACUUGCGACAGAUCUGCAGGAUGCGGAAGUUCAUGAUGGCAGCGGGGACCCGAGAGGAAAGCUCAGCAUGGACCAGCUAGUUUCCAUUGGUGCAUACAACGUAGAUGGCCGUACUGAGCGAGCAAUCAUCAUUCUGAAGGCGAUCGAAUUUCGAGUUGAGAUACUCUGCACAAUCUUAAAUCAUCUCCGAGAGCUCGCGACAUGUGCAAACCGGAACAAGCACCUUACCCGAAUCCAUGCCUUGAGUGUUCGGGUACAAAACCACCUCGCCGAUCUGAAAAACUCGUCUACAGAUGUUGUGAUGAUCUCUCGAAGCUGA